UGAACGCUGUCAACACACACUGGCAGUGGGCGUCAAAAUACCGGUAGCCAGCCACUGAUGUUUUAGCUAGUUAUAAGACACAAUCACCAUUUAUAGUUAUGCCGGUUUGUCAAUGGAGCUAUACUCAACACAAUACUUUGAGGUAGGGAUAUAGGCCAGUUUUCUAAGAUAGAUGGACAUGGUACAACGAUUUCUAGCAAGCUAGUACUGUAGCACUAGCACAGCUGGAGAUCCCGAGACUCCCUCGCCUCGUUCACCUUCACAAGAGUCUCCUUUCGAAAAAGAUCUUGCACUGGAUGGUGGGAUUUAUUUAAAAUCCGACUAACUCGUUAUCGAACAGUUACAACAAACAUAGUUAACGUUACAUCAGUGACUGACGCCCAUCUUCAGGUAUGGGAGGACAUACUGAAAAGGAAGACUGGGGACCACAUUUGCUUUUUGAUUGAUAUUGGACUCGUGUCCAAACUAGAUAACACCUAGCAAGUUAAACACGUGAAAAGAUCUGUCCCUCAUCCUCCUAUAGAAUUUUUUUUGACUUUUAAUUUUUCUUAUCACAGUUUACAUUAAGUGUUGAGUAUUGCUGUGCUGUAGUGAGUCCCGUUUUUAUUUUAUUUUUUACUUUCAACUUUUUCCUUUGUAAAGAAAUGCUUUACCUGAAAAAGUACUUCACAGAGGGCCUGAUUCAGUUCACCAUCCUUCUGAGUCUCAUUGGGGUGCGGGUGGACGUGGAUACCUACCUGAGCAAUCAGCUGCCCCCACUGAGAGAGAUCAUCCUGGGCCCCAGCUCAGCCUACACCCAGACACAGUUCCACAACCUCCGCAACACGCUGGACGGCUAUGGCAUCCAUCCCAAGAGUGUGGACCUCGACCAGUUCUUUACCACCCGCCGUCUGCUGAAUCAGGUGCGCUCGCUGGAUCGUCUGUCGGUGCCCAGCACUGAGCUGAGUACCUGGCUGGUGCACCGUGACCCUGAGACUGUGGUGUCUGCCGCCAGCCAGUCCAGCCCCAGCAUCACCCUAGACAAUGGGGCCGGCCUAGAGGACGUGAACAACCCUGAAGCCCCGGCCAUGAGAGGUGGUGGCGGAGCGCCUGAGUCAACUUACAACCUUAGUGGAGCAAACAGCCAAGGAGCUGUGGCCCCCGAGGACAGCCAGCAGCAGGGCAACAGGGACAGCAACGAUGACCUCACCAAAGAGGACAUUGAUUUGAUUGACAUCCUGUGGCGACAGGACAUUGACCUUGGGGCAGGAAGAGAAGUGUUUAACUACAGCAGCCGCCAGAAGGACAGUGAGGAGGAGGAGAAGCCCAGCCCUGCGGAGAAGGAGGAAGGGGCGGAGCUACAAGAGAGCUGGAGGAAUGGAGUAAACCUUCAAGAUGCCCCACCUGUGGAUGGAGAGACAGGGGAGAGCAUACCAGAACAACUCCCAGGCCUUGGCACUCAGACCUCACUGUCCCUGCAAGAAUGCCUGCGGCUCCUAGAAGCCACCUUCCCAUUUGGAGAAGAGUCUGAGUUUCCUGCCCCAGUUGUGACUACUGUGGCAAUCUCCAAUGAAGAAGCUCCGUCCACGUCCCAGGGGCUUCCUCUUCCUCCCCCGUUGCCCCACCCUGAGCCCCAGUUGGAUCUGGAGCAACAGUGGCAAGACAUCAUGGCCAUCAUGGAGCUACAGGAAAUGGAAGUUAACAACUCAGAGAACUCCGUCCUCGGUUCCAACACGAGCAGUGCUAGUAAUACUAGCACCGUGGCCGAGUCAGGCUCUACUACAAGCUUUGGACUUUCUCGCUCCAAUCUCAUCAACCAAGAUGUCAGCCUUCACCAGGCCUCCCUUCCUAGCUGCAGCCAGGACUUCCCCACCCUCUUUAACCCACAGCUGGAUACUACCAGCACUUCACAGCCCACCAUGCUUAACCUGGCCUCCAGCAACUCCUCCAAUGUCAACACUACCUUUGGAGCCACAAACCUUACUGGACUCUUUCUCCCACCACCUCUGAACAGUACCAAUAACAUCACCUCCACCCCUGUGUUGCCUGAUCCUUUCACCAGUUUGCUGGAGGAGUCGAUGCUUGAUGAGAUCAGCCUUCUGGACCUAGCCAUGGAGGAAGGCUUUAGCCAGGCCCAGGCCUCUCAGUUGGAAGACGAGCUUGACUCUGACUCUGGUCUCUCCUUGGACUCGAGCCACAGCCCAGCUUCCCCGAGCAGCUCUGAGACUUCCUGUUCAUCGGCAGCAUCCUCAUCCUCCACCUCUGCCACCUUCUCGGAAGAAGGGGCAGUGGGAUACAGUACUGACUCGGAGGCAGCAACUGUUGAAACUGAGGAAGGGGCUGUUGGGGGCUACCAGCCUGAAUACAGCAAACUGUGCCGCAUGAGUUACCAGGACCCCUCCCAAUUCCAUGGUCUCCCUCAGCUUGACAACAUCAACCACAAUCACACUUACAACCUACCGUUGUUCUCGUCGUUCUCCGAGGACCCAGAGCUACCCAUUCCUUCUGCUAAGAAAAUGGGGCGUGACAAGCAGCAGCAACAAUCUAAGCUUCAGCCUCCACAGGACUUCCUGGACAAGCAGUCGAGUCGUGACGAACGCAGAGCCCGAGCAAUGAAGAUACCAUUUUCCAAUGAAAAAAUAAUUAAUUUGCCCGUGGAGGAGUUUAAUGAGCUUUUGGCUAAGCAUCACCUAAGUGAGGGCCAACUGGCCCUCAUCCGCGACAUUCGCAGACGUGGAAAGAAUAAAAUGGCGGCUCAGAACUGCCGCAAGCGAAAGCUGGACACCAUCAUCAACCUGGAGCAAGGCGUCCACGACCUGAGGCGUGACAAGGCCCGUCUGCUGAAGGAGAAGAUGGAGUUCAUCCGGUCCAUCCGUCAGAUGAAGCAGAAGGUACAGAGCCUCUACCAGGAAGUGUUCACCCAGCUCCGGGAUGAGGAGGGCCGGCCCUACCCUCCCAGCGAGUACUCGCUGCAGUACAGCGCUGACGGGAGCGUUCUGAUCAUGCCCCACAGCAUGACAGCAGAGCAGACACGGAAGCCUGAGAAAAAACAGAAGGACAAAAAGAAGUGAGAGGCUAGCUCAUGCCUAUUCUUUAAUUUUCGCUAAACCAGUAAGAAAGAUUUCUGCAGAUGCAAGAGAUGUCCUUUUUACUUUGAGAAGAUUCUGGGGAUAAGAAUAAUAGUAUUGUUGACGACUCGUCCUGCAUUCGUUUUUACCCCCCUUUCCUUCUUUGGUUCCUGCGUUUUCUUCUGGAAACGACUGAAGCUGAGGUUCUCCACUUGAGUACUGAUUUUUUUUUCUUGUGUAGGUGGAGGAAAAAGGAAAGUAUACAGAUUUGAAAGGGAGGUGAUCACUUAUGAAGAGCUAUUUGAAAAACAACCUGCUCUGAACCCAUGGCACACAACCAGUGUAGAAGAAAAGGAUUAUGUUAUGAAGGACUGGCAUAAAGUGAUGUUUGAAAAUCAUUCAUCAUUAGUCUGAUCAAGGACUGAUAGAUCAAGCCUGUCCUUCAGAACUCUGGAAUGAUUGUUGAAGUUACUGAGGAGCUGAAAGGUCCUUAUUGAGGAGAACCUAAGUAAUGGAUUUGGAAAGUUAUAAGAGUAGAAAUACCAAACGAUGUAAAGAAAGUCCAUCUAAGAAACCAUUAACACCACUACUAACCAAAGGUUGUAUGGUGCACUUCACUUAAACUCUAUACACCGGUCUAGGUGGUUUGACACUGCAGUCAUCCCGUGUGUGUUUUUAAUAGGACAAUGUCAACCACUUUAAGUUGGAGGUCCCUUUAGAGAUUUAAUCUGUCGUAGAGAGGACACUGGAACGAGAAGGAAGUUAAAAAAAAAAGCGUUGUUGGGCUGGCGGUUAUUUAGUCCAUAUGAUGGCGGAGCAUGAGGAGUAUAGGAGGUGGACCGAGAGGAAGGAGGCACACACUUGCAUUACGAAACGUAUCAGCUUCUGUAAACCUAUACAUAGCACUGUAAUUUGUCCUUCUAAGGCUUGGCUGUAUGCAUUUUGCUAUGUCUCUCUGACUUCUCCUUUUGCUGCAGGUUUAAAGAUGCAGCUGUUAAGUCUCCAGCUCAUGCUCCUGAUCUGCAUUAUUUAAGUAGGUUAUUGGUCUAGCUUCAUAUCAACCAUUUGGAAGGUCUGCAUCGAAUAUUGCAUUGAAACAACCGUGUUUUUGCGCCUGUUAUCACAUGGUAGGCGAAGGGAAACUCAUACUAGUGGUGGUAGGUCAUCCUCUUGAGUUAGUACUGUGUGAAUUCCAAGUUCUGCUGAAGUACCACCUGCAAAUUACAAUUCAAACCCAUCACUUAAGUUUUUUGGUUUGGUUUCUUGAAUUGUGACCCUGGUAAGCAUUAACUAGGGGUAAGAUUUUGGAAGUCUAAUAAUUGCAGUGUUAGUCUAUGAAGGAGUUACUUGGUAAUGUUGUCAUUCUAUUGAUAGUUACCUAAGACAAUUGACAAUAUUCAGUUGAUUUUUAACUACUGUAAACCCUUGCUGUCAGCUAUUAAAGUUAACAGUAAUACGUUUUGUGUAGUUAACAAAAGUAAACCAAUUUAAUCAAACUGAGUGAUCUGACAAGUAGAAUGUUUGAAGUGAACACCUUGUUUUCAACACCUUUGUUUCCCAAGCACACGUCUUGAUUUAGUUUUGAGAACAAGGGUUAAUGUACUGUUUUCAGGACGUCAGAAGUGCUGUUGCCUGUGUUUGUGUUGUUGUUGGGGUUAACAAUUGUGUUUCAGCGCGUGCUCCAAAUAAAAAUAAAAAAUAAAAUAAAAAUGGGCAACUAAAUUGAAAUUGUUGCUACAUUCGCAAGGAUGUCAUUCAUUAACAUUGUUUUCAUGGUUCUUGUCAUCAAGGCCCACAAUGCCAAGUACAAUGCUGUUUUUAAAACAAUGUUGUUUUUAGUUCAUAACUCUUUGUUGCUGAGCCUACACCUCUUUUGCCUAUUUACAAAUGAGACAAAUGAGGGCAUUAAGUUGAACAAGUCCUCUAAUCUGAAUUGCUUAAUAUUUGACAUGAUAUUCAGGCAUGUUUUCCAGUGCUCAAUUGGAAAUUAUUGACUUGCAUUUCAAAUCGAUGCAAUAGCCACUAUCAAGCUACUACCAUCUUAUUGCACUGCUUUUGUUUAAUGUAUUGUUUGUUCUGUAAAUAUUUUCAUGUCAUUGUGUUUGUAUUUUGUGUUCUUGUCUUGAUUUCUGGAGUUUGGUUGUCGUCGUCGUCCAUCCUCUUCCCACUUAUCCCCUUUAUUUUCUUUAAAUAUUUGCUGGCAAUCUGGGAUUGUUCUUUUACGGAUUAAUAAAGUGUCUUUAUUUUCACCUGUGA